AUGAAGGACUGGCGCUGGAUACCCCUUCAGAGAGUGAUCUGCCCCUCGCCAGACUACCUAACCUCUAAAAUGUCCCAGUCUGCUGUUACUGAGGAAGGAGGCACCUUUGAGCACCUGUGGAGCUCCCUGGAACCAGACAGCACCUACUUUGAGCUUCCUCCAGGCACACAGCCAGGUGAGCGCCCGAUGCCUUCUACCAGCACCCCAGGGAACCACCGCAGUGCUGCUGAUGUCUCCAUGGACGUUUACCACAUGAGGGACAUGAACGACAAUGUGAUGUCCCAGUACAACUUGCUGAGCAGCAGCAUGGAGAGCCUGGGGAGCCGCGCAACGUCCGCCAGCCCCUACAGCUCCGAGAACGCCUCCUCGUCAGCCGUGCCCACCCCCUCGCCCUACUCCCAGCCCAACUCCACCUUUGAGGGCCUGUCGCCUGCACCGGCCAUCCCCUCCAACACCGACUACCCCGGACCACACGCCUUCCAGGUGUCCUUCCAGCAAUCCAGCACCGCCAAGUCUGCCACAUGGACCUACUCUCCCUUGCUGAAGAAGCUCUACUGUCAGAUUGCCAAGACCUGUCCAAUCCAGAUCAAGCUGUCCUCCUCUCCUCCACAUGGCAGCAUCAUCAGAGCCAUGCCCGUCUACAAGAAGGCGGAGCACGUCACAGAGGUGGUCAAACGCUGCCCCAACCACGAACUGGGACGAGACUUUAAUGAUGGCCAGGUAGCCCCAGCCAGUCACCUGAUCAGAGUGGAGGGGAACAACCUCAGUCAGUACGUGGAUGAUCCCGUCACAGGCCGGCAGAGUGUGUUUGUGCCCUAUGAGGCUCCACAGGUGGGAACAGAGUGUACCACCAUCCUGUAUAACUUCAUGUGCAACAGCAGCUGUGUUGGCGGCAUGAACAGGAGACCCAUCCUCAUCAUCAUUACCUUGGAAACCAGGGAUGGUCAAGUUUUGGGCCGAAGGUCAUUUGAAGGUCGGAUAUGUGCAUGUCCCGGCCGGGACCGCAAAGCGGAUGAGGACCACUUUAGGGAACAACAAGCCCUUAAUGAUAGUGUGGCCAAAAAUGGCAGCGCCAACAAGCGCAACUUUAAACAGAGCCCACCAAGUAUUCCCAGCCCAAACAUUAACACGAGGAAGAGGAGGCAUGGAGAUGAGGAGAUUUACUAUAUUCCUGUUCGUGGUCGGGAGAACUUUGAGCUGCUGAUGAAGAUUAAAGACAGUUUGGAGCUGGUGGAGCUGGUGCCACAGCCACUGGUGGACUCCUACAGACAACAAACACAGCAACAGCUGCUGCAGAGACCGAGCCACAUAGCAUCUCCGUCCUCUUACUCACCACUGUCCAACAUGAAGCUUCAUGGCCACGGAGGCCUCAACAAACCACCCUCAGUCAACCAGCUGGUGGGGCAGCAGCCCCAGCAACACCACACUGCCCCCACCACCAUGGCUCAUAUGGGCCAGAACAUGCACAACAGCCACCACAUGCAGGCUAAUGGUGAUAUGAAUGGUGGCCACAGCAGUCAGACAAUAGUGUCUGCUUCCCACUGCAGCCCGCCCCCUCCGUAUAACCCUGACCCCGGCCUUGUCAGUUUUCUGACCAGUCUGGGCUGUCAGAACUUCAUUGACUACUUCACCUCCCAAGGCCUCCAAACUAUCUACCAUCUCCAGACUCUCUCCAUGGAGGAUUUAGGUGCACUGAAGAUACCAGAGCAGUCCCGCAUUGCCAUCUGGCGAGGUCUGCAGGACAUGAGACAAGGUGCUUCCCUCCAACUGCCUGCCCCUUCUCAUCACCAUGAGUAUCAUGGCCAACAGCUCCUGCGUUCCAGCAGCAACAUGGCUGCCUCAGCAAUGGCAGCCAUCGGGGCUGCCGGUGGGGAACUGCAGCGUCAGCGUGUCAUGGAGGCUGUGCACUUUCGUGUCCGCCACACUAUUACCAUUCCCAACAGGUCAGGUGUUGUUGGGACGUCAGGGAUGGCAGGAGCUACUGAUGAGUGGACUGACUUUGGUUUCGACAUGCCCGACUGCAAGGUGUCACGUAACAAGCACUCCAUCAAGGAGGAGUUCAUGGAAAGCGACGUUCACUGA